AUGGCAACCUCAAUCAGCCUGACAGGAUACCCAAUGCACACACCCACCACGUGGGUUGACCCUGUCGUCUUCUUCAUUCAAGACGUCUGUCCCAAAUUCUUCACCUUCGCAUUGUUUGAUUAUUGGUCUAGCUUAGAAUGCACAGCCAAAACUAUAGACAUAUACAUAGCACUACCCUGCACCGCCUGCAUGCACAGCAGCGCAUCCACCGGCAACGGCUACAGCUUUCGAUCAGUUCAAUUCCUCUAG